AUGCGAAAUGCAAUUCCAAAGCACAUCCGUCAUCGAAAAUCCUCCAACGGCGCCGCCUGCCGGACCCAAAACAUAUAUAAGUGGGGCAUUCGCGCAUCUUGCACGGCCAACAUGUUUUCUGUUUGCGAAGUGGUGACUCGCACGAAAUGCUGGCCUCUGGUUGCGGGGCUAAGUCUUGCGCAGAGCAGCAUUCGGCGCCUUCUUUCCAGCACGCACUCUUCUCUUGCCUCAAGCGCUCUUGCGCGCUCCUACUCGACUGCACCAACCAUUCCUUCGACCCAAAAGGCGGUGGUGUUUGAUGCGCCGCGCGCCCCUCUAGUGUACAAGGAUAUCCCUGUGCCCACGCCCAAACCCAACGAAUUGUUGAUCCACGUCAAGUAUUCGGGCGUCUGCCACACGGAUUUGCACGCGUGGCGUGGCGACUGGGAUUUCCCCGUCAAGUUUCCUUUGGUCGGUGGCCACGAGGGCGCAGGCGUCGUGGUGGGAAUGGGCCAUAACGUGGUUGGGUGGAAAAUCGGCGACUACGCCGGCAUCAAGUGGUUGAAUGGCUCGUGCCAGCAGUGCGCCUUGUGUGAAACAGGCAACGAACCCAACUGUUCGCACGCGCUGCUUUCGGGCUACACACACGACGGCUCCUUCCAGCAAUACGCCACCGCGGACGCAAUCCAGGCGGCGCAGAUUCCGCCCGGAACAGACUUGGCGGCGGUCGCACCUAUUUUGUGUGCGGGUAUCACCGUGUACAAGGCAUUGAAGACUGCCAACGUCAAGGCAGGCGACUGGGUGGCCAUUUCGGGCGCAGGCGGCGGAUUGGGCACUUUGGCCGUGCAAUAUGCCAAGGCCAUGGGCCUUAUGGUGGCGGCUAUCGAUGGACCUAAAAAGGCAGACUUGGUGCGCGGCUUGGGCGCAGACAAGUUUAUUGACUUCACCCUGACCGACGACUUGGUGGGCGCAGUGCGCGAAGCAACCGCAGGCGGCGCGCAAGGCGUAAUUAACGUCUCUGUUUCGCCCAAGGCCAUUGCCCAGUCGGUUGAAUAUGUCCGCCCAACAGGUACUGUCGUAUUGGUUGGUUUGCCUCCAGGAGCCAAAGUCGAGUUGCCCGUUUUCAAUGCCGUGCUCAAGUCCAUCACAGUAGCUGGCUCUUAUGUGGGAAACCGUGCCGACACGCGCGAGGCGCUUGACUUUUUCGCUCGCGGCUUGGUGCACUCGCCAAUUAAAAUGGCAGGCUUGUCUGAGUUGCCACGUAUCUUUGAAGAGAUGGAAAAAGGCGAGGUUAUGGGUCGUUAUGUAGUCGACACAUCGUACUAA